AUGACUGUGCACUGACUAACUCGGUCGAAACGGGAAGUCGGUGGCGGAGCGGUGAGAACGCUGAGAGCUAACCGGUGAAAGGCUUCACUCGCACGGACACCGUCCACGAACACGGAGCCUGCAGUUAGCGACGAGCAGCCGGCGCGUUCCCCCCCGAAUUGGGCUGAAGACAGUGGGAGAGAAGUUGGUCCUCGGUGCUGGUUGACUACCGGCGGGUCAUGGGCUCCAUGUUCCGCAGUGAGGAGGUUUGCCUGGUGCAGCUUUUCUUGCAGUCUGGUGCAGCAUACAACUGCGUCAGUGAGCUGGGAGAGCUGGGAAUCGUCGAGUUUAGAGAUCUUAAUCCGAAUGUGAACGCAUUUCAAAGAAAGUUUGUCAAUGAGGUGAGGAGAUGCGAAGAGCUGGAGAAAACUUUUGCGUUUCUGGAGCAGGAGAUUACACGCUCCCUCCCUCCGUCCCUCCGCUCAUCUCUGCAGGAGCCUGUGCCCACCCCUCCAGCCCCUCAGCCCAGGGAGCUGUUAACCAUAGAGGAGGAAAGUGAACGGUUGGCCCGCGAACUCAGGGAGGUGUCCAGGAACAGAGACAGUAUCCGAGCUCAGCUGAACCAGCUGUGUCAGUACAGAGGAGUGCUCACUCAAACGCACUUGCUCACAGCCUCACAGGCCCCUCCCCCCUCGUUUGAUCCAGUGGGCCUAGUGGAGAACAGGCAGGAUGUAAGGCUCAGUUUUGUUGCGGGUGUGGUCCACCCGUGGAAAGUGCCAGCCUUCGAGAGGUUGCUAUGGCGAGCCUGCCGCGGUUACAUCAUCGUGGACUUUCGAGAGAUGCAAGAGAAGCUGGAACACCCUGAUAGUGGGGAGAUGGUGCAGUGGACGGUCUUCCUCAUCUCCUACUGGGGGGCUCAGAUUGGACAGAAAGUGAAGAAGAUUUGUGAUUGCUUCCACACGCAGAUGUUCCCGUAUGCAGAGAGCCAGGCAGAGAGAGAGGAGAUUCUGACUGGACUGAAAACCAGAAUCGAGGACAUCAAAUCAGUGAUGAAUGAGACGGAGCAGUACCUGCAGCAGCUGUUAAUGCGAGCCGUGGCCGUGUUGCCACAGUGGCGUGUGCGAGUGCAGAAGUGCAAGGCCGUUCAAAUGGUGCUGAACCUCUGUAGCCCCUCGGUCACAGAGAAAUGUCUCAUCGCUGAGGCCUGGUGUCCAGUCAGACAGCUUCCUGCCCUGCAGAGCGCCCUGCGAGAGGGAGGGCGGAAGAGUGGUAGCAGUGUUGAAUCGUUCUAUAAUCGCUUGCCUGCUACCACCUCUCCUCCUACCCUGUUUCCCACCAACGCCUUCACUGCAGGAUUCCAGAACAUAGUAGACGCUUAUGGAGUGGCCAGCUACAGAGAGGUCAACCCAGCUGUGUACACCAUCAUCACUUUUCCAUUCCUGUUCGCUGUGAUGUUCGGGGAUGUGGGGCAUGGCAUUAUCAUGGCAUUAGCUGCUCUCUGGAUGGUUCUAGAAGAGAAAGACCCUAAACUGAGGAACAACACUAAUGAGAUCUGGCGUAUGCUGUUUGGAGGUCGUUAUCUGAUUCUGUUGAUGGGGCUUUUUUCCAUCUACACCGGGGCCAUCUAUAAUGAGUGCUUCAGCAGAGGCCUCAACGUCUUCUCAUCUAGCUGGCACGUCCGGCCCAAUGCAUUGUUUUACAACUGGACGGACGAGACUUUUAGAGUUAAUAACUUUCUCUCGCUGGAUCCAAACGUUACUGGAGUUUUUACUGGACCAUAUCCUUUCGGCAUUGAUCCGAUAUGGGGAAUGGCUAAUAACCACCUGACAUUCCUCAACUCCUAUAAGAUGAAAAUGUCGGUCAUCGUCGGUGUCAUCCACAUGACCUUUGGUGUCUGCCUGUCAUUGUUCAACUAUGUGCACUUUGGGGAGAUAAGCAGUGUGUUUCUGGUGCUGAUUCCUGAGUUGUGUUUCAUGCUGUGUUUGUUUGGUUACCUCAUCUUCAUGGUGAUUUUCAAGUGGGUGGUCUAUGGUCCUAUGCACUCAAACACUGCACCCAGUAUUCUCAUCCACUUCAUAGACAUGUUCCUGUUCACAAAGAACGACGAAAACAAACCGCUCUACAAUGGCCAGUUGACUGUACAGAUGAUUCUGGUGAUUGUAGCUUUGUGCUCAGUUCCUGUGCUUCUGCUGGGGAAGCCCAUCCAUGAGUACAUCACAUACAGGCGAAAGAGACACCAACCCACUGGUGAAAGGCGCCCUCUGCUGACAGAAAAUGGCUCCAUAAACACUCAGCAGGGAGAAGUGGAGACGAGAGAAGAGGAGGAGCAGGAGUUUGAUGGAGCCAAUGUUUUCAUGCACCAGGCUAUCCACACCAUAGAGUACUGCCUGGGCUGCAUUUCCAACACUGCUUCAUACUUGCGUCUGUGGGCUCUCAGUCUGGCUCAUGCCCAGCUGUCGGAGGUGCUGUGGGUGAUGGUGAUGCGGUUCUCCUUCAGAAAUACGGAUUACGUGGGAAGUGUCAUCAUGGCUGUUGUAUUUGCAUUUUUUGCUGUCCUGACAGUUUCUAUCCUGCUCGUCAUGGAAGGGCUCUCUGCUUUUCUCCAUGCUUUGCGACUUCACUGGGUGGAAUUUCAGAACAAAUUCUACAGUGGAACCGGCUACAAGCUCACUCCAUUUGCGUUCAAGUCUAUAAUCAGCAUCUCUGCAGCUAACUGACGGUCAAUAUCAAAUAACUGUUAUUAGAGUCUGUAAAUCGCAAAUAAUGUAUUUUAACCUGAACAUUUCAAACAUGGCAAUGUUGCAGUCAUCAGGAAUCUGCUUGUCAUCAUGGGAGUCUAAGGUGUAACAUCUUUUAAGUCUUUGUGAUGGUGGAAGGUACCGUAUGCUGCUCUUUAUGAAUUGUUUUUCCGUAUAAACAAAAUCAUAUUGUUCUGGAACCACGAUACACAUUAUGCAUUCCACAGAGUUCAUUCAAGUACAAUGAGCGCUGAGUGUAACUCAGGGAUAUUUUAUCCAUGUGCAAGAUUGUCCUGACUUGUCUGUGUGUAGCAGUAAGGUUUUCAGGGAACUUAAAACAGGCCAAAAGGAAUGCUUUUGAUCAAGUUAGAUGAUUUUUUUUUUUUACUCUUAAAAACAGUAAUCAGUGAAUAGAAAAUUCUUUGUAUGAUUCAUAAAGGGAUUUAUUUCUUGUCAGCUAUGGCAAA